CCAAGAGUCAGUAAGGGGGCGCGCAAGAGCGCGCACGGGGGACAGCAGCGUGGACGCGCCUACAGGAGCGGCGCGCGGGGACGCGCGAGCGGGGAAAGGAGCGAGCGGGCGAAAGAGGCUGGCUGGCAGGCAGCUGUGGUGGAGACGGAGCUGGUUGAUGCCCGCCGCACAGGAUGGAUCAAGCCUGCGAAGUGAGCAGGAGGAGCUGCCUGUCCCCUUUCGUCAGCUCCUUAGCGUUAGAUGCACCGGAGAAUGGGGACAGCCCUUAUGGGGGGGAGGGCCAGAGCCGUAGCCCAGAGCCACCUAAUGGGUGCACCAUGCAGUUACCCGCAGCAGCGUCCAAGGGUGCUGCCUAUGGCCAAGAUCCUUCUUCCUGCUACAUCCCACUGCGCAGACUGCAGGAUUUGGCCUCCAUGAUCAAUGCCGAAUAUCUCAAUGGCUCAAAAGAUGGCUCUGACUGUUUGCAGGACCUGGAAAGGAGCGACGCCUCCAGCCUGGAGCCCCCGGAGCUCUGCGGCUCUUCAGUGUUAACAGACCCAGAAGACUUGGACAUCCAGCAGGACACUGCAAGGCUCCUGGAUUUUGAGACGCUGUCUCCUUGUUUGGAGGAGGACAAGGAUGUGGAUUCUGAAACAUCAUUUCUAACGGCAGAAGAAAACCCAGAGGAAGGAAUUAAGUUUGUUAUGAAAAAUACAACCACAGCUUCCUGUACUAAGGAAGCAGACUUUGGGAAUGUGACAGAACUGAUUCAAGAGAAUCAGCAAAGCACCUCCAUAGAAGUUAGGUAUAAUGAGGCUAUUUGUGCCCUGUUAUCACCCCCCAUUCCUCUAGAGCAAUUACAAAGUAAUAUUUGCAAAGUGUCUGGAGCAGGAAGUAGAACUGAGAAAGUAGAUCUACCUCCAGUUUCUUAUUUGCCUGGAGAUACAAAGUUGAAACAAGAAAAAGAAUUCAGCAUUACAAAGGUAUCUGAAAAAGAAGAUCCAGGUCAGAGUCCCAUCACUUUAGGAAACUUGAUAGAAAGACUUGAAACGGCAAUUACUACAAAACCUUCAACAGCAGGAUUACCAUCUGGUCGUACCAAGAAGAAACCUACUCCCGUGAAGUAUGAAGCUGGAGAUCUUGUAUGGGCAAAGUUCAAUAGACGUCCAUGGUGGCCGUGUAAAAUUUGUCAUGAUCCUGUAUUACAUACUCAUUCAAAAAUGAAAGUUUCCAGUCGUAGACCAUAUCGGGAGUAUUACGUGGAAGCCUUAGAAGAACCAUCUGAAAGAGCCUGGGUUGUUGGAAAAGCUAUUGUAGUUUUUGAAGGAAGACAUCAAUUUGAAGAAUUGCCUGUCCUUCGGAGAAGAGGGAAACAAAAAGAGAAGGGCUACAAACACAAGGUUCCUAAGAGAUUUAUGGCUAAGUGGGAGAUCAGUGUUGGACUUGCAAAUGAAUGUCUUAAGCAGAAUGGUACUCAGAAUUGCAGCCAGACUUCUAGCCAUCCAGACAAUGAGAAGAACAUGCAUUUAAUGGAAUCUUGUUUAAAGGGCUCCUUAAGCGAACAGUGCAAGCAGCUGAAUGGAUGUUUUAAGUCAUUGGCAUUGGACUCUAAACAUUCCACUGAUGAGAAGUCAAAGACAUCCAAAUCUCGAGUAAAGAAAAGUUCUGAUACAAGGAGGAGAACUAGAAUAAGAAAAAGUAGUGCCAAAUUGGAGGCAUCCAAGAGAGACAGUGGGGGGAAAGCACCAGUGAACAAAAUUAAAAGUAUGAUCACUACAGACCUGCCAGAUAAACAGGCGUCUCAUGAACUAUGCAGGAUAGCAAAGAGCCUAAUGGGAUCCAAAGGCACUGUGGAAAACUACUUGCUCUCAUCUUUUGGGGAAAGACAAUUUGAAAAGAAAUCUUUGAAAACAGAAUACAAGAUCUCUGAUAGAGAGAGCCAGCAGGAGACACCCAAAGUAGACUUGAAGAAAAAGAAAAACUCAACAGGCUUUAUGUGCAGUUCAAAACUACAGCACCACUAUUCUGCAGCUGAUGCUGGAACAGAGAAACAAACUGAAUCUGAUUCAUCAGAUAAUGGUACCUGUGAUCUAGACUCUCUUGACCAAAGUAUAACAGCAGCCGCCUAUAGUGUCAUGAAAAAUGGUGAUUCUGUAAAUAAAGGAGGAAAGGAGCUAUCUUCAGGGCAAAGAAAUAUUAAACAUUCUGCUUAUGUCUCAAAAAACAGCAACAGAAGUCGCAAACCUCUGGAAGGCUCUCUAGAUAGGAGUGCCAAUGUUGAAACAGGAGGUGAGGAAUUCCAUGAGCUGCCCCUUGCAGCUGAGGUGGCUUCAGUUCACAGAAAUGACAAUCUAACCCUUGUAGAUAAGCACACUACACUCCAGAGUAAGGGGUUUACAAGUCAAAUGGACACAAAACAGUCUCAGUUCAGAAGUAUAAAAUGCAAACAUAAAGGAACUGCUGCUGGGACAGACUGCCCUCUUACGGAAGAUAAACGUAGCCCCAGCUGCUGUUUUUCUGCUACCAAAGGUUUUCCUGGGUCUCAGUUAGAUACACCUGUCAAAAGUGGGAAGGUUGAUGGCCCAAAACUACCGAACAGCACAAAUGAGAAAUCCUGUGAUUCUGCUGAAAUAGAAACAGCAGUUGUGAAGCAUGUACUUUCAGAACUGAAGGAGCUUUCUUAUAGGCCCAUGAAUGCUGAAGCUAAAGACUGUGGGCCAGCUAAGACCACAGUGCCCUUGCUCUUUUCCUCUGUCUCUGGGCAGAAUCACUUGCCUAUUGAGCCUGAUUAUAAAUUCAGCACCUUAUUAAUGAUGAUCAAAGAUAUGCAUGAUAGUAAGACAAAAGAGAAACAGAUAAUGACUACUCAGAACAUAGUCUCUUACAGGAAUUCUAACAGCGGUGAUAGUUCUGGAAGUAAUACUUCAAGUGAUUUGACAUCUUUGCCUACAAUGGGAUCCACUCAUAAAUUAGAAAAAAAUCAAGAUAGUGCUCAAGAACCAGAGUGUCAGAAACCCAAAGAAGUAGCACAUUCAGAAAAGAAACGCCUUAGAAAGCCAAGUAAAAGGCUUCUAGAAUAUGCAGAAGAAUAUGAUCAUAUAUUUGCACCUAAGAAAAAAAAGAGGAACCGGGAGUCAUUUCGGAAGGCAAGUUCUGUAGAGAAGCCUGAAAGCAAACAGAAUUGCAGCAGUGGUAACCAAGGUCAGAAUAAACAUCUAAAAAAGAAGCCCAUGGAUUCAGUUUCACCUGCUUCCUCAUCUAAAGAGUCUCCUCCAGUCCUUGAAGCGGAACAUUGUCUGUCAGAUGACCCUGGGUCCCAUUCCAUGGAACCAAGAUCUGAAAUGCCUGUUUUGACAUUGUCAUCACCAAAUGUAUUGGAAGCUGCUGCUGCUUCUCCUUCACAGGGAGAGGAACAGUUGCUGAAAUCAGGGAGCUUUGAGAGCAAACGUCAGAGGAAGCCAACUAAAAAGCUCUUGGAAUCCAAUGAUUUAGAUACCACAUUUAUACCAAAGAGAGAGUGGACGUCCAUAAAGAAGUGUUCUGAGGCUGGUCCUUUGGAUACUGAAAUGUCUGAAUUGUAUUCCACACCUCAAUUUUUGGACACUGGAGAAGCUCCUGAAAAAGCUCCAGCAAAACAGAGAAAGCGGAAGCGGCAGCGACGCAAUAUGUCUGCAGCUCCAUAUAAAAAAGAGAAGGGUGAAGAUGUGCUGGGAGGAACUCCAAAUUCCGAGGGAGAUAGAACUACUCAUGGGACAGUAGGAAGUCCAAAGGAGGCUACUGAAGAAGGGUCUGAAAAUGACCAUGGAGUGCCUUCAUCCAAAAAGAUGCAGGGGGAACGUGGAGGAGGAGCGGCCCUCAAGGAGAACGUGUGCCAGAUUUGUGAAAAACCGGGUGAGUUGUUGCUGUGUGAGGCUCAGUGUUGUGGUGCUUUCCACCUGCAAUGCCUUGGGCUUUCAGAAAUGCCCAAGGGCAAGUUCAUCUGCACUGAGUGUUCCACAGGGGUCCACACAUGCUUUGUAUGCAAGAGCAGUGGAGAAAAUGUGAAGCGUUGCUUGCUUCCUUUGUGUGGGAAGUACUAUCAUGAAGACUGUAUACAGAAGUAUCCUCCUACUGUCAUGCAGAACAAGGGCUUUCGAUGUUCAUUGCAUAUCUGUAUGACUUGCCAUGCAGCCAAUCCUGCAAAUGUGUCUGCAUCUAAAGGUCGCUUGAUGCGUUGUGUUCGAUGUCCUGUUGCAUACCAUUCAAAUGAUUUCUGCCUUGCUGCUGGGACAGUGAUCCUUGCUUCCAAUAGCAUGAUCUGCCCUAAUCAUUUUACCCCUCGAAGAGGCUGCAGAAACCACGAGCAUGUAAAUGUCAGCUGGUGCUUUGUGUGUUCUGAAGGUGGGAGCCUUCUGUGCUGUGAGUCUUGCCCUGCUGCCUUCCACCGGGAGUGUCUGAACAUUGACAUGCCUGAAGGGAGCUGGUAUUGUAACGACUGCAAGGCUGGCAAGAAGCCACACUAUAAGGAGGUGGUCUGGGUGAAAGUUGGGCGUUACAGGUGGUGGCCAGCUGAGAUUUGCCAUCCUAGGACCAUCCCUAUCAACAUCCAAAAAAUGAAACACGUCAUUGGUGAAUUUCCUGUGCUGUUUUUUGGAUCAAAUGAUUACCUUUGGACACAUCAGGCUCGAGUGUUCCCAUAUAUGGAAGGAGAUGUGAGCAGCAAGGACAAGAUGGCAAAAGGAGUGGAUGGCAUUUACAAGAAAGCUCUUCAGGAAGCAGCUGUGAGAUUUGAAGAGCUAAAAGCUCAGAAGGAACUGAGGCAGCUACAGGAAGACAAAAAGAAUGAUAAGAAGCCACCUCCUUACAAACAUAUCAAGAUAAACCGGCCUGUAGGCAAAGUGCAGAUCUUCACUGCAGACCUAUCUGAGAUACCACGCUGCAACUGCAAGCAAACUGAUGAAAACCCCUGUGGCCUAGACUCUGAGUGCAUUAAUCGCAUGCUGUUAUAUGAGUGUCAUCCUGCAGUGUGUCCAGCUGGGGAGCGCUGCCAAAACCAGUGUUUCACCAAGAGACAGUACCCGGAAGUAGAAAUCUUUCGCACACUAGCCCGGGGCUGGGGCUUGCAAGCCAAAAGAGACAUUAAAAAGGGUGAGUUUGUGAAUGAAUAUGUUGGAGAAUUGAUAGAUGAGGAAGAAUGCCGGGCCAGAAUCCGUUAUGCUCAAGAGCAUGAUAUCACCAAUUUUUACAUGCUAACCUUGGACAAGGAUCGGAUCAUCGAUGCUGGACCAAAGGGCAAUUAUGCUCGAUUUAUGAACCAUUGCUGUCAGCCAAACUGUGAAACUCAGAAGUGGUCAGUGAAUGGGGAUACCCGCGUUGGCCUUUUUGCCCUUACAAACAUCAAAGCAGGGACUGAGCUGACUUUCAACUACAACCUGGAGUGUUUGGGAAAUGGGAAGACAGUUUGCAAAUGUGGUGCUCCAAAUUGCAGUGGCUUCCUUGGAGUGCGACCAAAGAACCAGCCACCUGCCACCGAAGAGAAGUCUAAGCGGUUCAAGAGACGGCAUGGGAAGCGCAAAUCACAGGCAGAAAUUAUGAAGGAACGAGAGGACGAAUGUUUCAGCUGUGGGGAUGGAGGACAGAUGGUUUCCUGUAAGAGGCCAGGCUGUCCCAAGGUGUACCACGCAGACUGUCUCAACCUGACUAGGCGUCCUGCAGGGAAAUGGGAGUGUCCUUGGCAUCAGUGUGAUGUGUGUAGCAAAGAAGCAGCUUCUUUCUGUGAGAUGUGCCCCAAAUCCUUCUGCAAGCAGCAUCGAGAAGGCAUGCUGUUCAUUUCCAAACUGGAUGGACGCCUAUCAUGUACAGAACAUGAUCCUUGUGGCCCUAACCCUCUAGAGCCAGGAGAGAUUCGUGAGUAUGCGCCCUCCACAGAAUCAGCAGCUGGCUGCAAAAACACUGAGUCAUCAGACCAGCAGCCUUCUGCUCCAGACCCAAAAUCUCAGCUAUCAGAGAAGCUACCUCUGACCGUGGCCCUCAGGCUGCAGCCCUCAGAUAAAUCACCUUCCUCUGCAUUGGCUCUGAGAUUAAAGUCCUCAGAAAAGCCACCACCCUCGGUUGCACUGAAGCUACAGCCCUCAGAUAAAUCAACCUCCACAGUGGCACUAAGGCUACAACCAUCAGACAAACUAUCUUCCACCCUAGCCUUGAGUUUAAAACCUUCAGACAAAUUGCCCUCUACCCUGUCUCUGAGGUUAAAGCCUUCAGACAAAUUAUCCUCAGCCCUUGCCCUUAGGUUGCAGUCAUCUGACAAGCCACUCUCUGCUGUGGCUCUUAGGCUACAUCCCUCAGAAAUAUCACCCUCUGCUGUGGCACUGAGGCUACAGCCCACUGAAAAACUAGCCUCCGUUAUUACCCAGAAGUUGCAACCCUCAGAAAAGCUAUCCUCCACUGUAAUUCAUGAGUUACAGCCUUCAGACAAGCUGCCCACCACAGAGGCAUCAGGACCUCAGGAGAAGAAACCUGUUGUAGAGUCAUCGGGAUCCAAGACGUCAGACAGAAUUCCCACUACAGAGACACCAGCGCCUGAGCUGUCAGAUAGGUCACCUUCUACAGACACUCCUGGGACCCUGAUGUUAGACAAGCCAUCUGCCACAGACACACCAAAGCUCCAGGCAUUGGACAAGCUUUCAGAACCCGAAUCUCUGAAACCUCAGCUGCUGGAAAGGGCUGCUUCUGUUGGCCCAUUGCCUCAGCCAUCAGGAAAGCCUAUUGCUCCUGUGAGCCUGAGAUCUCAGCCAGUGGCUAGGCCAGUGGCUCCUGUAGCCCUGAGGUCUAAACCAUCAGAAAAGCCAGUCCCUCCUAUGGGAUCAUGGGCUCAGGCUCCCAACAGGCUUUCCACCCCAGGGGACAAGCCUUCUACCACCACAGGCCCAAGACCUCAGCUGUCAGAUAGGGUUCCCAUCCCACUAAGUCCAAGGCCUUUGCUGUCAGACAAAGCGCUGAGGCCUGUUGACCAGAAUGCUCAGCCAAAAGAAAGAGGCUCUGUGGCUGUGGAGCAGAAUCCUCAACAGAAAGAAUGGACAUCUUUAUCUAAUGAGCAGUCCUGUAGGCCUACAGGGAAACAUUCAACAUACACAGGACAAACAACCUGCCCCUUAGAAAACUUACAAAUACGUGAACAGGCCUCUUGGCUCAGUGCAAAAGGACUGUCAUCUUCAGAGCAAUCACUUUGGACAGCUGAUAAAUUGCAGGCCCAAGAGCCCAGUCUUUGUCAAGGCCAAGAAGUGGCAUCUUCUGCCCCUACAGAGCAGACAUUUUGGUCAACAGAAAGAUUGUGUACAUUUCAGCAACCUCCUUGGCCUGCAAAAGAAGCUACACUUCCUUCUGGGCAAACUUCAUGGCUGACCAGAAACAUUCAGACAUUUGAGCAGAUCUCUUGGCUCUCUGGGAAAGCACAAACUCCUGUGGGGCAGGACGUUUUGCCUUUGUCUGAACAAAAUUCGGUGCUAGUACUGAACCAGGACUCUCCUGGCCAUGAACCUACUGAGUCUAAACCUAAGUGAAGCCAGUUUAUGAGGCCAGACGGGUCACCAUUAUUGGGUUGUUGUUUUUUUAAUUGUAUAGGGAAGGGUAUUUUGGUUUUGGUUUUGUUUUUUAAUUUUACAUCCCCAGACCCUUAACUUCCAACACAUCCCAUCCCCCCUGUUAAGAUCUAUACCGGUACACUUUCCUAAGUAUGAAUGAUGCCCAGCCAAGGAGCAAGAAUGUAGAUGGUCUGUUCCUUCUUCAUUUUGCAAACAAUAAAGCUGAAAUAAUGGAAUCCACUGUGGAUAGAAUUUCUAAUGCUAUUGAAAUAAUCAAAUUAUUAGUCCUGCUUGUCUGAAUGACAGCCCUGCACUGAAGGUAUGUUUCCUAAAUAUUCCUAUAUAGUUCCAAAGAAGUGAUUUCCUUCCAUAUAUUCUUGCUACAUGCAAGUUCACACUUUAGCACUGGCAUUGCACAUUUCCCAAAUAAUUAAGUGGUAACCCCAAUUGUAGGAACAGAAGAAGGGAAGGGACUUUACACUUUCCCUCCCUAAUUUUCUUUCUUCCCAGUUAAAGUUUUAGGAGCGUUUGCUUAAAGAUAUGCUGCCAGUGCAAAACCUGUCAAAGUGUAGGUGCUUUUUUUUUUUAAAGAAACUUUGUUACUUGAAGUUACUUGAGAAGCAGGCAGGAUAGCACACUGUACUGUGACUGCCUGGUCCUGCAAACAGAAGUGGGAAUAGAAGGAAUUCAAAGUUGUCAUUAUUCAGUAUUCUUAUUCUUAAACCUUUAGUGCAAUGCAGUCAGAGCUACCACUUCUACAGAAACUGGACCACAGUAACAGCAUGCUGCAGAAAUUAGCAAGUCCCCUCUUCUGGAUUUUGUAGUGUGUUGUUGCUGUUCUCUCGGAGAUUUUUUUCUCCCCAGGUCCAUUCUGUUUGCAUCCGCAAUUGUCAGUUAACUGUGGAUAAAUUAAAUUAAUCAUCUUGCCCUUUUCCAUUGCAAACAUGUACUUAGGAGUUAUGUUUGCAUUCUUUGCUAUAGUCCUAGCAGUUUUGGUGUAUUGCUGUUGCUAAAGAAUAACCUAAUUCAAAAGAUAGGACAAAACUGGUUGCCCAUUUGAGAAAGAACAUGUCCAAGAUGAUUAGUCUUUGGCUUAAUGCAGUUCUCAUGUUACAAAAAUACUGAAAGAAGACUUGAAUUAACUGGGCCACACUGAAGAGUCUCUGUAUGUCAGAAACAGAGAUCCUCCUAAGACUAUAGUUUUCACACUGGAAUACAAGGGCUCCAGCAUCUGGCUGAGAUCUCUGUUCUUUUUUUCCUCUUUGUUUUCUAAUCAGGGCAGCCUUUUAUGCCUGGUGAAUUGCCAGGCUGGUAUUCUGUGUAAAUCUGGUGGGAAUAUUUGUGUUACCCAACCAGACAGCUAUGUUAUCUGCAGAUAGAAAAGCAGCUUGCUAUGGUAUUGAUCAGGUGUUACUGUAGACUUAUACCUGGAGGAUCAGAGAAAUUACUACUUGGUGCUGAAUAUGACUGUUUCUGCUGUUCUUAGAUGUAGGAGAGCAGACAGGCCUAUUAUGCAGGUACUUUCCAUAUUGAUUUCAGCUCAAUCCUAACCAGGUAAAAGUUUUAACCUAACUUAACUAUUGUCACUCUAUUUGCUGGGCAGCUGGAGUCCUACCAUCUGUCAUGCUCCAACUUCAGAUAGCAAACUUGGCCCUCUCCCAUUUGACCUCCUUAGUUUUCCAAGUUUUUGCUCAGAGUAAAAGUCCCACGUCUAUCCUAACCCAGAUCUUCUCAUAUGGGAACAGAUAAAGCAGGGUAAUUCAGGUCCGAUAGGCUUUUGCCAGUAUUACAGUUUAUGCUUUCCACAGUGAUGGUAUCUGCUGGGCAAUGGAAAACAUUCCCUACGCUGUUGUGCAUCUCGUCCUCUCCUCUGAAUCAUUUUGCCUUCUCUGAGUACAACUGGCAUAUUUGCAAGGCAUUAUAGUUCAUGGAAUCUUAGUGCUUCAAGUUGGUUCUCUGUGAAGAACUGCAGGCCAAGCACGGCUCAUAGCUGAAACUGAGGAAGUGCAAAUGCCUUUGUUUCCACAUGACUCCUGUACAAAGGGAAACGGGACAACUCUUCAGAAUGAAUGAGACAGAAACAAGAAGCCAAGGGCAUUUUGCUAAAACUUUUUUUAAACAAUGAAAAGAUCACCUUCUUAAAACAAACUAGCAAGCCAACUGAAUCAUGAGGCUCAGUAUAUUUAAUAUUUCUCUUGUGUGGAAAAAAUAAAGCUCUAAAAUUUUACAUAUCUAGGCCUUCCCAUGAGCUGGACUGUCAUGUAGACUGUGUGUUUAGGGCUUCCUUUGUGCCAGCCCCUCCCCCCCAGCCAGCUGUACCUGUAACAAGAAAAUAUCCGCACUGCUUUGUCCAACUCUGUUCUUGCAAUGUCAUGUGUUUUAAUCUAGCUUAUUUGUUCCAUGGAAAAAAAUAAACUGUGAAUAUUUUUGGUGGAGGUUAUUUUAAAACUUUAAAACAGCAAAUUUCACUAUGAAUGAAUUCUUGUAAGUGCAGGUUCCAGUGAUCAAUAGCAAAGUUGGCUCAUACAGCAGCAACACAUACUGAAUUCUUGGAAUUCCCGUUUUAUUUAGCUUGGAUUUUUUUGGCACACUAUUUCAAACCUAUUGCUUGACAUCUCCCUUCAUCCUUCCCUCCUCCCUAGAGAGCUUCUCUGUACAGUUUUACAGGCUACUUCUUCCCUGAUCACAUUUCUUGGAAACAAGAAGCCAUCAAAUUAAGCACCUGCAAUAGAAACUGUCAUAGUAAUGUACAUAGGAGAGUGUGUACGUGCAUGCCUACGGAACUGCUUUAUCCACUAGAGUGAGCACCUUUCCAAGUACAGUGUCUAAUUUGUUAAGAUAAAUGAAGAAAUUACACAGCACAGGUUAGAGAUGCAUUUCUACAUCAGAAUUAACAUCCACUCCCUGAACAUAAGGCAGAAAUAGCUAUUUCCUCUCUGGAAGUGGCUUAUUCAAAUAAGGCAGGAUAAUCUGCCAACCAAACAAACAGCAACCAGGCAGAGACACUGUAGCAUUCUAAGAAAUCCUGAAAGUGAAGGACUGUCCAAAAGGACACAGGCUGAAAGAAUUAUGGGACUAUCCGUAUAGAUGCCAUGCUUGGUAUGACAUGGAACAUAUCCCUAUCAUUUGCCCUUUUCCGCCCUGAAUUAGCUACCAUUGCCAUGAGCUGGGGUGCUAGCUAUCUUGCUGUUGCUUGUGCAGAACUUUACUAGACCACAGUAACGAGCAUCUGGUGUUUGAGUUAUCAAUCUUGCAUUGUUCUAGCUUGAUUGCUCCUGUAUUUCAUGCAGAAAAUUCAGUCCUCCACUGCUGAGAUCGAGUUAAACACAGAGCUUAACACAUUUUCCAGCCUUUGUCAAGGCAGGCCAAAUUCUUUGGUUCAGUGAUCAUGCAAAUAAACAGAAUUGCAAAUACUUAUUUCAUACUUCAGACUAAGGAGAGGAUCAAAAAACUUAGUGCCCCAUCCACUCCCCUACCAGGCCUUGCCUGAAGUUCAUCUACUGAUAUUCAAGCCUUUUUUGUAUCCUUAAGGACUGUAACAAAAAAAGUUGAAAGUUGAGAUACUCGCGAUGCCAAAUGCAGUAUUUGGUGCAAGACUACACUUGUGCAGCAUGUGCACAGAGUUGCAUAAUAGACAGAAUGCAGCCAGGCAGUUGUACUUGCUGCCUUGGUUGAUUGGAGCAAUUGUUUAUAAUGGAGCUGCCCCCCCUUUAUAAAAACAUGUACCAGUAAUUUAAAUGACUUCAUGUGAAAAGUAGUAUUACAAGUAUGUUAAUUACUGCAUCUAUAUGAGAAAAAGAACAAGCCAGGAUCUGUAUAAAACUGGCUUUGAAAGUGAAAACUGGUCUUUCCGGACUUAGAUUCUUCCAGGCCUACAGUAGAUCUACACCAGAAGUCACAAUUCCUCUGCCGGGCCCCAAGCCGCAUCUUUGUAUACUGUCUUCGGAUAGACAAACACGCAUGCCAGUCAUUGAACAUAGCUGCAGAUUCCUCUGAAGGGCAGAAGUUGUUCCUUUGUUUUUUGUAGAGGUUUGUGUUCUUUCGGGGAAAGGACUGUGAUUUGAAAGUAUUGUAGCUUAUCUUGAACUUGGGGUAUUUGUGACACCACUGGGUGAAACUGGCACUCACCAAAAUAAAGCUAAAAUUCAGUUCUCUCAUCACUCCCUAUGACAUCAACUUUAAUGUUGCAGAGUUCCUUCCCUUCUGCAGUGCUGUUCUGUGUGUUACUGGAAACCAGGCAGGCUACAUAUGUAUGAAAAUGCAGUUUGGCUUUCUGUAGCGGCCUGUGCUUGUCUAAAGCAUUACCGUUUUCAUUAUUCUAUGAAUGCUAAGCUUGCUGCAGCAUAUUUACUUUAGGAUGUAUAGUUUGUAGCGGAGGAACUGUUGAAAGUGGAAAUAUGGAAUAGGUGUUUAAACAUUCUGCACAUUCCCAUGUUUCUGUGCUGAAACAGACUUUCUUGUAUAGCUGCUUUCAGGCAUACUUGCUACCACAAGUUUGUCACUAAUCUGUCGCGUGUGACAUUUUGCAGUGUUGUUCCCUAGCUGUGAGAAGCAGAGGGUCAGUGACGCUGGAAGCACAUCCUAGUAUUUUAACAAGGAUUGCAUUUAUAGGUGACUAGGAUAGCUUCAUUCUGAGAGCCUGAGAUUUCAGAGUAUAGUUUGAAAAUAGUAAUGAAACAGAAAAAUAAUCAUGGCCACAUUUUUGCCUCCUGACUUCUAACUUCCCCUCUUACAAUUUUCAGGAAAGCAGGAUCAAUGUGUAUAUGACACCUAGCUUCCACUGUCCUGAUGCUCACUACUGCUGCAAUAGUUUUUUGAAAGAGUGCUCUUGCUUGCUUGUGCACAUAUAUAGGCAAACAUUCCUUUACAACUUUAUGUAACAAAAAUUUACAUGAUAAAACAUCUACGUAGCUCUCUCCUUUAUAUUCCCUCUAUGGUGGGUGCUGUGCAGUAGGUGAGGCAAGGAGAGAAAGGGGCUUGUGCAUCCCUGGUACCGCUUGGUCCAAGAACAAUGUCUGCUGUAAACAGAUAGAGGGUCCCUGAGAGAGCUAGAAAUGGAUGACCCUACUGUCACAUUUGAAUAUAGCAUACAUGUUGCUUUUGAAUUUGUCAAGGUCUGCAAUGUGCUGGAGAUAAGCGCUUCUUUGAAAGCUGGAGUUUAUCCCAGAGUUUGUUCACAAUGGCUUGGAAAUGGGCUAAAAUUAAGUAAUAAUAUGCAAUGAAAGAAAACAGAGGCCAGGCUGGGAAAUGAGCAUUAAGCACUGUUGUUGUUAACAUGAAUUAGUGGGGAAAGAUUGUUUCUCCAAGCGGUUUUGUAUUGCUUCAUCCUUCUCAGGCAUGCUUGUUGCUGAUUCUGGAAAGCACCUCAGUGGGAGUUGUGGCUGAGCAGUGCUGUUGCAAGAGGACUGAACUCCUAUUCUGCAGUGACUCUCCAGAGUUUAAUCCUUAUGUUUCUGCAUGGAUAAUGAAAGGGAAGUCAACAGAGCAUAUGCUGGUGUUAGUGACAGCCAAACUUAAUGUACGUAUACAAAACUACCCGAUUUUCAUCUGUGUAAUCUACAAGAGGAUUAAAGAGCUGGCAAGAGAAAUGUUUACAGUGUCUGUAUUUUAAGAAGAGAAGUAUUGGAUCAUUACUUUCUUUUUGGUCUCCUUAGCCAAUUGACUGUAUGUGAAACUUACUAUAAUGGAAAAAGUGCCCUACCCAGGUGUUCCCGGAUUAUGUACUGUAAUUCUUUGUAUAUAAAAGAAAGCAAUUACUGUAAAGUAAAGUUUAACUUUACUCUU